AUGGCAGACACUGGCUCCUUCGUUCACAUUGCGCGGCCCUUGGGACCCGCCACUGUUGGAGUUGCGCCCACCACUGCCCCUCUCAACGUUAUCAUACAACCUCAGGCUAUUUUUUCUAUCCUUGACCACUCCCUUCGACGCAAUGCCGACCAGGAACGAGUCAUCGGUACUCUCCUUGGCACUCGAUCUGAGGAUGGGACAGAAGUCGAGAUCCGUACCUGUUUCGCAGUAGGCCAUACGGAGACCACUGACCAGGUCGAAGUCGACAUGGAAUACCAGAAACAGAUGCUUUCGCUUCAUUUAAAAGCCAACCCAAAGGAAGUUCUGGUCGGGUGGUACGCAACGUCUUCGGAGCUAAAUACAUUCUCAGCUUUGAUUCAAAAUUUUUACGGUGGCCAGGGGGAUGGGACGUGGCCUCAUCCAGCCGUCCACUUGACCGUUUCUACGGAGCCCGGAAAGGAUAUUGUGACCAGGACGUAUAUUUCAGCGCCAGUUGGUGUUACGACUGAGCGAGCGGCGGAUAGCGCAGCAUUUAUACCGGUACCUUACGAGAUUAGAUACGGUGAUGCAGAGAAGAACGGGCUGGAGGCAAUCGCGGCAGCACGAGAUAGAGAGGAUCGAGCGACGAACCUAUUCACAGACAUUGACAACCUAGAAAGGUCCAUUGAGGAAGUCAUUGGAAUGAUCGACCGUGUCUCGAGAUAUGUGGAGUCAGUAAUGGACGAGGAGGCACCCGCCUCCACCGCCCUUGGUCAAUUUUUACUGAACGCCCUUGCACUCGCACCAAAGGUGGAUGCUGCUGAAAUCGAGAGCGACUUUAACAAACAUAUCCAGGACGUUCUUGUCGUCUCGUACCUUGCCAACUCCAUCCGUACACAAAUGGAGCUUUCUAACCGACUUGCAACUGCCCAGCUUACGUUGGGAGGGGGCGGAGAAAGCAGUGGUAACGCAGCUGGAGCAAACACGGGAGGAGAAUCAGGCGGCCAGCGUGGCGGCCACCGAACAAACAGAGGUCGUGGUGGGCAGCGGGGAGCUCAGGCGGAAGAAUUGCGGGCUUAG